AAUAUGAAAAAGGAUGAACUGGUCAUUCAGGACAAACUAGAUGACUCUAAUGUAACUCCAGAGGUUAAGGAAGGUGAGAUUCUUACUUCAAAGACAAAUGAUAUUUUUUCGUUGAUGAACUAUGGGAAUCAUGAUGUGGAACAAAGGACUGUUCUUAGUGAUCAAGUGAUUAAUUCUGAAGAAGCUACUUGUCACAUAGCUAAAGUAAUGACUGAGAUUAGGAGGAUCAAGCAUGCUAUGAAAGGCAACUCUCAGGAAAUAGUUUGCUAG